AUGGUCAAACGCUUUGCUCGAAACCCGCAAAUAUCAUGGAUGGCACAGGGUGUAGACAAGGCUGCAGGGUCCCUACGAGUUGGAAACUUGGGUUCGGGUCGACAAUCACAGCUGGAUGCUCGGAACAUUUUGGGUUUGGAUUCGGAGGAUCGCUUUAGGCAGUUGAGUCCACCGAUCGGUGUUGGAGGAUAG